UAGAGUUAGAUUGUCAAGACACAGACUAUAAUUAGCAAUAGGAAUUUAUAGAAGUAUGGAAGCAAAGAGAGGUGGCUUGAUCCAGGCCUGAAGAGAUUUAGUUAAAUAGGAAAGAAAAAAGAGUGUAUAGGCUCAGAGAACAGUUUGAAUAAAGGCCUGGAACUGACAAAUUGUGUCUAAAGUCACUUUCUAAAGUAUUCUCAGUCAACUAGCAUUAAGUACUUUUGGGCUGGUGGUUGUGCUACAAGAUGUGGAUACAAGGGAGGAGAUGGAGGAGGCAAAAAAGCUUUCACCUAGAAGAUGAUUAAAAAUCAUCUCUGCCUAAAGAUGCAGUGUAGACAAAACAGAGAAGCAAUAAUCUUCAAGUGUCAGAAAAAGGGAUAUAAGAAAUCACCUGGACAUCUGGUCCUGCAGUCUAGGGGCAACUGAAACUAUGAAUAUUAGUGAUUAUUUUAAAAUCACCUACAGGGUGAUUUCUACCCUGUGGAACUGUGCCAGUUUAUGAGUAACCUUAUGUGAGUAUAUGAUGCACUUAGUAUUAAUUCACACUUUCUCUGCUGUUAAUUGGGUCCAUUGCUCCCAAAGUAGCUUUGAGAACUAAGUAGCUAUUAUCCCACCUCCAACAUUAUGCUCACGUGGGCAGGCUGGAUCCCUCAGUUUCUCUUUUACCUAAACAACCCCAUUUUUUUUCCCUCUCAGCAUUAGUCAUAUUUUACUAGACCAGAAGGUCCUUGAAAGCAGGGAUGAUGUCUUUUUCUUGUUUUGAAGAGCAGAGUCCCACAGUCCUUGUUAUAGUAGCUAUAUUUGAUGCGUGUAUGAAAAAAAUGUAUUAAUGGGGGAAGAGGGAGGUACUUUAUAUUUGUCACUCUUCCUCUGUGCAUUCUCCCUGACACAUCAUCCACAUUUUUCCCAAAAUGUGAUCUCAAGCCAGACCUAUGGAUUCAAGAAGAGAUACUGAGAGACACAAGAAACUACUGCUGUGGCAGAGAGCAGGAGAUUUCUAUUGCAGAAGAGUAGUUCAAGGAUUGGGGAAUUGGUCGUAUUUGUUUCUCUCUUCAGUCAGAAUCAUAACUGAACUCAGUGAAGAGAUGCCCUGGAAAGUCCUCUUUUUUGUAACUGGCUCUUUGGCAAUACCGGCUCCUUCCAUUUCCCAGAUCCCUCCGUACCCUAGCAACCCAGGGGAUCCCAUCCACCUUCAAUGUUUGGCCUCCCCUGGCUUCCAGGAGGCUGAGUUCUCACUGUUCCAUGGAGAUGGGAUGGUCCAGGCACUGCAAGCACAAGAGGCCCAGCAGGGAGUGGUUUUCACAGUGACCAACACGAGCGAAGGCCUUACAGUGCAGUACCAAUGUCAGUACAGUGUGAUGGGGGAGAUUGCCAAGCAGUUCUCAGAUUUGAGCAAGCCAGUGAAUGUGACCUUUCCAGUUUACGUGCUGCCAGCCACAACCCUACCAACUUCUCCAAGUAAAGUGGAUCCACUGGGAAAGAAAGUUAAAGUCACAAAUCUUCAGAAAAAAAGAGAGCAAGAAUCCUGCUGGACCAAGAUAAACUAUACUACUUCAGAUAUGUCUUUUGAUAACUCCCUGUUCUCCAUUUCAAUGAAAAUGACCCCAGAAGAUGUGGAUACUCACGGUACGUUCACCAGCUCAACUCUGGCUCCAGAACCCUUUGUGCCCAGAAAGAGACCCACAUCUACUUCUUCUAUUCCUGAGCUACCUGAAUUCAGCACCUUCAGGUCCUUCGAAUGAACCUAUCCCCUGUUCUCAAACCCCUGUACCUAGGAAGAUGCUCACAUCUAAUUCUUCCAUUCCUGGACUCCUUGAAUUCAGCACCUUCAGGUCCUGCUGUGAGACUAAGAGGUUGCAUUUUUCCUUUUGCAUUCUUCCCCUGACUUAUCAGUUUCCAGGCUGGGUUCUGAAGAAGUCUGGGAGGCCUGGCUCCUGUAUGUCUGGCUUACCACCCCUUCAUCUUUCAUCCAGGGCCCCUAUGGGGGGAAUACAACUACAGCCUCUCAAGAGAUACUGUCAUGUCCUGAUUUUCAUUGUUCCAACUGAAAUGCUUUUUCUGUUGCUCAGUAGUUGGCAAUAGCCUGUUUUGUGUCUCAGGUUCAGAGAUGAUAGAUUUAUUCCUAGAAAGAGCCCUCAGAUGCCAUCUAGUUGAACCCCUGCACUUAAUUUUUCAUAUAAGGAAACUGAGUCCCAAAGAGGUUAAGUGACUUGUUCAAGGCCACAUAAAUUGUAAGCUUCAGUCACUGUCAGAUGUCAUUUGUAUUAGGACCCCAACAAAGGUCUUUAUCUGUUGAACAGCAAAUACACAGAAGCCAGGAUCUCAGGGACAGCUGUCUCCCAUUUAUGGAAGCAGAGAACUCGCUAGGUGAAGCUCUUUCUCUAGGGGGAUAGUGUCAGGCAUGAAUUCUGCCCCUUUCCAAGUAGCCCAUUCUGAGCAGAGUAACAUUAAUGGUUGUUGCAAGAGCACGGACAAGAUACAGAACCAAAAGUUCCUAUCUGGAUUUACAGCAUCUCCUGUCCCCACUAAAAAACGUUUUGGAAUUAUUUCAACCACCACCAAUGCUUUCCUGCCUUCUGGUGACUUAUUUGCAGCCAGCCCUAGUUGGUGACAGGUACUUGCUAGACUGUGUUCUAAGAGUGCUCGGUCCUAGAGCCCUAAGUUUCUGUUCUAUGUGUGUCAUUCCUUUUCUUUGAAAACUACAGAAUUGAGGGGGCAAGAUUGUCUAUGUUAUUAAUUAUAACCAACAUUGAGACAUUUGUAAGAAACAAAGUGUGGAGUCUUAUUAAAGCUCUGGAUUUCUGUUAUUAA